GCUGGCAUUAUUGGCGUCACGUGUGUAUUUCCAUUGGACUUGGUAAAGACUCGGCUGCAGAACCAGCAAAUCGGUCCAAAUGGCGAACGUAUGUACACUAGCAUGUUCGACUGCUUUCGCAAAACGUACUCUGCAGAGGGUUAUUUUGGAAUGUACCGCGGCUCAGCCGUGAAUAUUUUGUUAAUUACACCUGAGAAGGCGAUCAAACUGACGGCGAAUGAUUACUUCCGACAUAAACUUACCACCAAGGAUGGUAAACUGCCAAUGAGCUGCCAAAUGUUGGCUGGCGGUUUGGCUGGUGCUUUCCAAAUUAUAGUGACCACGCCCAUGGAGCUGCUGAAAAUUCAAAUGCAGGAUGCCGGACGUGUUGCCGCUGCCGCAAAAUUGGCUGGCAAAACCGUUGAAAAAGUUUCAGCCACACAAUUGGCAACGCAACUAAUCAAAGAGAAGGGCAUCGUUGGCCUGUAUAAGGGCAUUGGUGCUACGGGCCUACGUGAUGUCACAUUUUCAGUCAUUUACUUUCCACUUUUUGCCACACUUAAUGAUUUGGGUCCUAGGCGGAACGAUGGCUCUGGUGAAGCGGUAUUUUGGUGCUCCUUCUUGGCCGGCUUGGCAGCUGGUUCAACGGCAGCCCUGGCGGUCAAUCCAUUUGACGUAGUCAAAACCCGCUUGCAGGCUCUUAAAAAGGCCGAUGGCGAAAAAGAGUUUAAGGGAAUUUCUGAUUGCAUUAGCAAAACGCUGAAGCACGAAGGACCUACCGCUUUUUUCAAGGGAGGCCUUUGCCGUAUGAUAGUGAUUGCUCCACUGUUUGGUAUUGCACAAACCGUCUACUAUUUGGGCGUAGCCGAAGGCUUGCUGGGCGUACAAAAGAAGUUUAACUUCGAGGUGUUUUACACUUUUGGAAAAAUUCACCCUAUUUUGAAAAUACUUUUCUCAGCGACUCCACCUGCAACUAUGAAAAUAUGGAGAAGGAAGUUAAAAAUUUCGUGUGAUUUAAUGGCAACUGAAAAGAAGAAUAUGAGCUUUGCCGUCCUGCCCAGAGUCAUUAACGGCGGCAUUGCGGGCAUCAUCGGUGUGACAUGUGUAUUUCCGUUGGAUUUGGUGAAGACGCGACUGCAAAAUCAACAAAUCGGUCCCAAUGGUGAACGCAUGUACACUAGCAUGUUCGAUUGCUUCCGCAAGAUUUACGCGGCGGAGGGUUACUUUGGCAUGUACCGCGGCUCAGCCGUAAACAUAUUAUUGAUCACCCCUGAGAAGGGAAUCAAACUGACCGCUAACGAUUAUUUUCGCUAUCACCUGGCUACUCCGGACGGAAAACUAACACUGCUCAUGCAAUGUCUGGCCGGAGGUUUAGCUGGUGCAUUUCAAAUUAUUGUGACUACGCCUAUGGAGCUUUUAAAGAUUCAGUUGCAGGAUGCCGGACGUGUGGGUGGGCAUGAUUUAAAAAAGGUGACUGCUUGGUCUAUUACCAAGCAGCUUGUAAAAGAUAAUGGCAUCUUCGGCUUAUACAAGGGCGUCCGGGCCACUGGCGCGCGAGACAUUACUUUCUCGGUCAUCUACUUUCCAUUCUUUGCCUUUUUGAAUAACAGUGGACCCCGAAAGCCGGGCCCCUCAGGCGAAGCCGUCUUUUGGUGGUCCCUUAUCUCUGGGUUGGUGUCGGGAAUGUCAGCUGCUUUUGCGGUCACGCCCCUAGAUGUGAUUAAGACACGCUUGCAAGCCAUUAAAAAGGCGGAUGGCGAAAAGGAAUUUGAUGGCAUUUUCGACUGUAUCAACAAAACAUUGAAGUACGAAGGACCUAAGGCAUUCUUCAAGGGUGGGCUGUGUCGAAUGAUUGUAAUUGCUCCACUUUUUGGAAUAGCUCAGAUGGUCUACUUUAUGGGUAUAGGCGAACGUAUUCUGGGCAUUGAACAAAAGAAGUCUGUCUGAGAAAUGCUUGCCAUUCAUCUCUUAUUUCAAUGCAAUGGAAAUUUAUUGUGGUUAGUACGUUUUUACGGCGAAUUGAAAAUUAGGGUCUUGUUUGAAAAAUCGAUGUUUGACAAUACUAUAUCAGGGCUAUAUCUUCUAUAUACCGGAUUGUUUUUUCACUUUCCAGAGUUCUAAAAUUUAAAAUUUUCGUAAUAACAAAAUCACGUCAAAAGUAUAAAGUGUACAGAGACAAAAACUUA